AUGUCCCAGUUCGUCAUUAAACGGAGCAGAAUUCUCUCCUCUCAGUCCGCGCCAACUCCGGCUGCUUCUUCUGAUAGGAAUCCUCCCAGUUUCUUCGACUAUUUGCCUAAGGACACUGACUCCAAAUCUAACAUUGAAUGUGUAUUCAAAACUUCCGGAUUUCUCAAGCUAGUCCUCCUCUCCAUCAGUCCCACCAACAAUCGCAAUGUGUCACUUUUCCGUGGCUCCGAUCACUUCUCAACUCAGGUCAAGAGUCUUUUCUACGUUCACUUCGUUUUCAAGCCUGACUAUUUUAUGAUUCAAUCUAUGAUGGAGGGGCAGUCCAUGUACACUUGCAUCAGUCUCUCCAAGGACCACUUGAAGAAAUACACUUUCGUCAAGGAGCCUGGCAGCAACUCUGAGACUAUUGACGUCGCAGUUCCUCUUCAGGCCAUUUUAAUCUGUGUUAGCAUGUUUUCUCAGAAUCAUGAGAUUUCUGUGUCUUACAACUUCGAGGAGAAGCAGAUUAUUUUGAGGGGCACCUGCUCCAACUUGGACAAGUACAAAUAUGUUAGCGACACUGCUCAGUUUUUACUCUGCAAGCUCAAGACAAUUUCUGCUACCCCUCUGAACAUUCCCUUUGAGGACUUAUUUUUCAACAUUCACAAGUACGACUAUUUCACCAUCUGUCCUAAGCUUCUCUAUUCUUGUUUUUCUGAUGUUACUACUGACGCCACUUCCACUCGCAUGAUUCUCGAGGUCACUCCUCCCACUCAGAACUCCUCUCACAUUCUCGGCAUGAGUCGCGAGAACUCUGCCAUUAUUGUUCAAUGGGACUUUUCCUUUGACAAGAACAUUUUCGAGGACUACAGGAUCACUAAGACCCACCUGUACAAGUACUCCACCAAGUGCAUUCAGUGCGUCACGAAUGGUCUUAAGAUUUCUGACACUAGUAAGGUAAUGAUCAAGGAGAACGGCGCUCUUUUAAUUAAAACGAGUAUUAGUUGGAACAUGUCUGAAGAGAUUAGUUUGUAUUAUUACAUUUGCCCCUUCAUUGACGGUGACACCAAGUGA